AUGUUCAGCGCGAAGAGCCGGGCUCCUGGGACCCCGGGGCCCAUCUGCCUCGCCGGGCCCGCGGCGCGGCUGCCGCCGGCGGACACGCUUGCGAGGGCGCAGCAGGCGGGGCCUGGCGCGCUGAGCCCGAGCCGGGGCGGCACUGCCCUCGUGGAGACGCUGGGCGCGGAGGUGUUCGCGGUGCUGGGCGCCAGGGGCGCCUCGCCGAGCCUGCCGCCGGAGCUCGAGCGGUGGCUGACGUCGUACUCGGUCUUCCAGGCCGGCACCCGCACAGAUUUGCCUGCCCUGAGCUCCGGGCCGGGCCAUGAGCCGUUGCUGCUGCUGCUGCUCUUGUCAGCGGCGGACGCGCAGUGGGAUCCCUAUGGCAGGCUGUCGACAGCGGGGCCGAUCCCGACCCCGAGCGAGGACGCGAUUGCACGCUACCCGUCGUUGUCGGGGAAACUCCGCCUAGGAAUCGCGGCGAAGCUGACGAGGCGCGACGGGCGCGGCGCAGCCCGCGUGGCGGCGGCCGCCCGCGCAGUCUACGACGUGAACGCUCGCAACUCCACGUUGUGCCCAGCCAUUGCCGACCUUGGCUCUGCCGUCCUGUUCAAUUUUUCAACGGAUGUGAAGGACCACGGCGGGUCCAACGAGCGCGCAAUUCUGGCAGGGUUCUAUUUCAACUACAUGGUGGAAAACUCCGGCUUCGGCCUCUACGGAGAGCCCAUGCACGGCACCGUUGGAGGUGCCCACGACGGGUGGUUACAGUGGCAGCUUCCAGAUGAGAACGCCAUUCAGCGCAUCCAGGAGGCGUUCACGGAAAUCCACGAGGACCCUUCUAUGCCCCGAGUCAUCAUGUUGUGCGCUUUCCAGCCAGAGUUGCCGGAGGUGCUGAGGCAGGCCGGGAGCAUGUGUCUGCGAAAUAAGGAGCACAAUUACGUUUGGUUCCACCCGGACGAUGGUAAUAUCGACGACCCACGUGAAGCAUUUGGCACCUUCUCGGUCAGUUGGAUGCCCGAUUCCGACCGCACGCCGCUCUUCGAGGAGGACGACGGCGACGCAUUCAGGUAUGUCGAGAACACAUCCGUCACAGCGCAGAACAAUUUCGCGAAGUGCAAGGCGCACGCGCAGCUUGGUUACGACAUCAUUGUGACGUUCAGUGUUGCCAUGCACAGGGGCAACACUACUGGAAAGUUCACCAGAGAAACAGUGACGAGCUCGCUGCUGGAAGAGAUGCUGCAAGAGCCGGUGGGUGAUACCAGUUACGGUGAAUGCCUGGCAGGUGGCCUUUUGACAAUCCACGAGGAUCAAGAGCGCAAUUUGCUUUACAUGGUAAGCAAUUUUUAUUUUGACAGCGCUGGCAACGCAGUGAAGGCCGACGUCGUCCUGGUGCAAGACCAGAUGUCAGGUGCGUGGGUGUGCCAGGCUACCUCGGACCUGGCCGCGUGCUCCGUGGACUACCCUGGCCAGAAGUGCUUCAAGCCGAACGGCGAGGGCCCGCUCGACGGUGGUUUCCCGCUCGGCAGGGCAGAGAUCUGCCUCGAUGGCACGUGCUGGCAGAGGGGCGAGUACGUGCCAGCGGACCUCGGCUACUUCGUUCCCGAAAUAGCACUGAAUCAGUCAAUGCCCUACAUGGCGCAGACCGCUUGCCCUGUGGGUUCGUACGCGAGCGUGUCAGGUCAGACCGCGUGUGCGCUCUCCAGUACGGGUUAUUGUGUGACCGAAUUCUACGAACGAGGUGCAGUGCGCCGUGCCGAAGGCACGUUCGCGGACGAGAAAGGCCAGACGAGCUGUGACCGUUGCGAAGUGGGCAGGUACCAGGAUGAGAAGGGUCAGUCCAGCUACAUAUCUUGCUCAGACCGCCGCGCGACUCUGCACACGGGGUCCUCGAGCGCGGUCGAAUCCAUUUGCCAGGUGGGCACCGAGUACACGGACGAUACCACAGACACUUGCAAGCCGUGCCCCAUCGGCAUCAAUUGCUCGGCAGGUGAGCAGUUGGCACUCGACAUGGUGGCAACAGCGACAUUCAUCACUUUCGGCAUUUUCGCCUUCGAUUUGGACCCCGUGCGCGCCGAGUGCCUGUUCGGUUCAGGCGCUACAACUGGCUACGUGCUCACGCUGCUCAUCCCGAUCCUGUUAGGAGCGGUGCUCUUCGGCGCGUCGUUCUUCUCCCGCUUGGUCAUUGGUGUGAGCCACCGGUUGCACAUGAAGGGGCCUGAGACGUUCAACACUUAUUCCACAGCGUCCCAGGUCUAUCGUUUCCAGGACGGCGCCUGGGAUUGGGGCAUCAUCUUCCUCGCCAGGAACACAUUCACUGGUAUUUCAGUGAUCAUCGACCCGUCUCGCCCGUAUGCACAGAUGAUGGUGAUGGCCAGCGUGUUGACGGGGUCUUCCUUCUUGAGCGUGCUCAUUCUGCCCUGGAGGGGCAAUGCUCUGAACUUGUCAGACGCGAUCACUUGCGCAAGCCUCGUCAUUCUGGUGGCGGCCGCGGGGUCUGUGCACCAGAAGCGAGGAGGAGAUUGGGAAAAAUUUGUGGAUCUCGGGGACUUCGAUUUGAUGCGGCUCAAGCGAGGCGUUCACUUCAUCGAGGUGGAGCUGCUGCAGGGCGAUGACGAGAUCGUGACAAAAAUCUCUUCGCGGAAUUUCUUCGAGACACGCAUCAAGACGUCGAGACCUCAGCCCAACCGCGGUGUGGACAGCAAUGAGCCAGACAGCAAUGAACCGAUGCCUACUAUCGCCACGCCGACGCUCUGA